CGCUCUGGGACACCAAAGAAUGUUUGAUAGAUAAAGUAAGAGAAAAGCCAUACAGCUAAAUUAUCAUUAAGCAUGAGGAGAGCGGCAUAAAAGAGCAGCAGCCACAGAGCCUCGGGACAGAGAGUGCCUACACCCAGAGUGGCAACGAAAAUAACGUAUUGUACGAUUGUGUAUCAAACAGAAAGUGUAAUUAAAAGAAUCUUACCUUGAAGCCGACGCUGGUUCCCGUGUCUUCCUUAGUGAAAAGCUUCACACUGGUGCCGAAACCCGGGAAAUUAGCUGGAAAAAUUUUCGGCAAAUUAUGGAACAGAGUCGCCCCAUAGAGUCCUCCCAGCUGGCGGAAGUCCUCCAGUCCCUCGCUACCCUCCAUCAGAGCCACCAACAGUCUCUGCUUGAGCUCCGACAGGACCAGGAUCGUCUGUUCUUUGAGAUAAUGCGGGCUCAAGCAGAGGACCGGCUUGCUAUCCAGAGCCUCCUCAGCCAGGAGGCCGCUUCAGACACAGCCGCGACCCCGGACACCUGCGCCACACUGCCCCCACCCGCGCUACAGAAGAUGGGGCCGGCAGAUGAUCCGGAGGCGUUCCUGGACCUCUUUGAGCGUACGGCGGAAAUUUGGGGUUGGCCGCGCAACCAGUGGGCAGCCCGCCUCGUCCCUCUCUUGUCCGGGGAAGCACAGCUCGCGGCAAAACAACUUCCGGCAACAAGCCUCCUGGCUUAUACCGACUUGAGGAGAGCCAUCCUGCAACGGGUUGGUCGGAGCCCAGAAGAAAGUCGCCAGCUCUUCCGGGCCUUAAAACUGGAUAAGUCCGACUGCCCGUUUGCGUUCGCCCAGCGACUCCGUGAUGCCUGUCGGAGGUGGCUGCUUGCGGGGGACCGCAACGUUGAGGAGCACGUCGAUCGGGUGGUACUAGAGCAGUUUGUCCAGCGCUUGGCCCGGAGAACGGCGGAGUGGGUCCAGUGCCACCGCCCGGCGUCGCUGGAGGAAGCCAUACGACUCGCGGAGGACCACAUGGCGGCGAUUCCAAGGGCGGAUGAGCCCUCUCUCUCUCUCUCUCCCCUUCCCCUGUGUCUUCCCCUGUUUUUCUCCCCUCCCCUCUUCCCUCUCACUCUGCUCUCUCCCCAGGGUCCAUUCCUGCCCCCCGCAGGCGCGGAGGAUUCAUGAGACCAACUUCCCGGCCGUGGGAGAACCCGCCUACCCCUUCCCCGUCCUUCA